CCUGCAGCCAGGGGGAUACCCUGCAGCAGGGGGGUAUGCACAGCCAGGGGGGUACCCAGCAGCAGGGGGGUACCCUCAGCCGGGGAUGGCCAUGCCCACCAUGCCUGUUCGUUUUGGUGACAGUGGCAUCGGGGACAGCUCCCCCCUCCAAUCAGCUGACUGGGAUGACAGGAAAGUCCGGCACACCUUCAUCCGCAAGGUCUACGCCAUCAUCUCCCUGCAGCUACUGGUGACUGUGGGGAUCAUCGCUGUGUUCACGUUCGUCUCCCCCGUCCGCUCCUUCGUCCAGAGGAAUGUUGCCAUCUACUAUGCCUCGUAGUGAGUAGUCCCCGGGGGAC